UCUCCAUCUGCGGCGUACUUGCCACUUUUCUUCGAUCGGCACCACCACCUUGUCCCGUGCCGUCCUCAUGCGGCGCGAGCUUUCUAUAAAUGCGGCCUCCGCUCCUCCCCGAGCUUUCACUUCCUCCUCCUCCCACUGUUCUUCGCCCUCAGCUCUCGCCGCGCCGCGCCCGCGCGUGAGCGGACUACAGUGUCAGCUUGCUAGCUCACAGGCGUCGCUGGCCGCCGCCCGCCGCGCGCGCGAUCGGUGGCGAGGCGGAGAUGCUGCGGGCGGCGAAGUACCUGCUGGGUUCCCCUGGCGCCAACGGCUUCGGCUCCAAGUCCACCGCCGAGGACGUCUGCCCCGACCUCGGCUGCAUCACCGCCAUCAUCACAGGCGCGACGUCCGGGAUAGGGGCGGAGACGGCGCGGGUGCUGGCGAAGCGCGGGGCGCGGGUGGUGAUCCCGGCGAGGAACGUGAAGGCAGCGGAGGACAUGCGGGCGCGCAUCCGCGGCGAGUGCCCGGGCGCCGACGUCCUCGUUCUGCCGCUCGACCUCAGCUCGCUCGCCUCCGUCCGCGCCUUCGCCGACCGCUUCCUCUCCCUCGGCCUCCCGCUCCACCUCCUCAUCAACAAUGCCGGCAAGUUCUCGCAUGGGCAGCUCGCUCUGUCGGAGGACGGCGUCGAGAUGACGUUCGCCACCAACUACCUAGGCCAUUUCCUGCUGACGAAGCUGCUGCUGGGGAGGAUGGCGGAGACGGCGGCGGCGACCGGCGUGCAGGGCCGCAUCGUCAACGUGUCGUCCAGCGUGCACAGCUGGUUCGCCGGCGACUGGGCGGAGUACCUCGACCUCGUCACCCGCCGGAAGAUAGCUUACGACGCGACGCAAGCGUACGCGGUGUCCAAGCUCGCCAACGUGCUGCACACCAAGGAACUCGCCGUGCGCCUCAAGGAGAUGGGCGCCAAUGUGACGGUGAACUGCGUGCACCCGGGCAUCGUCAGGACGCGGCUCAACCGUGACCGCGACGGCCUCGUCACAGAUCUGGUGUUCCUGCUGCUGUCCAAGCUGCUGAAAACCAUCCCUCAGGCUGCGGCGACCACGUGCUACGUGGCGGCCCACCCGAGGCUGGCCGGCGUGUCCGGCCGCUACUUCGCCGACUGCAACGAGGCCCUGCCGUCGCCGGCCGCCACCAACCGCCACGAGGCCGAGCGGCUGUGGCAAAUCUCCGAGUCCAUGCUGCUCUGCACGAACAGACACAGCAAAGAUGCCUCCGCUCCCUGACACAGCUGACUGGCUAAUCUUUACCGUAUUUUACUACUACCCAUCCUAAAAUAUAAUAACUUUUAUCUAUAAAUUUGAACAAUUAAAAAUACUUAUAUUUUAGGAUGGAGGAAGUAGUGCAUCACUGUCUUUUCUCUUGUUCCACAUUACAUAUAUACAGCUUCAUGCAAUAUGUAACCUGCAAAUAUUAUAGUAGUAUGAGCACCAGUGUAUAAAUAUAUAGUAGUAUAUCUGUAGCAUUAUAGCAGUAGCAGCCAAUUAUAUUAGUGAUUGUAUUUCCGAGAUAUAUAAUACUAGUAUACAGUACGCUGUAAUUUGUCCUCGAGUACCAGACAUUGCCAGUGA